AGAAUAUUUCCAAUUAAUUUAUAUUUUUUUUUUAACAAAAAUUUAUUAAAAAAAAUACACAUUCCGUUAACAUAACAUUAUUUUAUUAAAAAAAAAACACAAUGAAACUAAUGCGUAACCAAAUUCCCUAGAAAAUUGUAAGCUUGAUAGCGAUAAUGAAACUAAUUCUCCUAAAAUUGUGAUUCCAUUCGUACCCUUAUACCCACUACAAGAAUCAACUCUUUUCUAGGUGCAAUUUCAAUUCAUGCGUUCAUAAUUAAUUGUUAUUACAGACACAACAAUUGGUAAAUUGGACUGCAAAAGAGUGAAGGGAUGAGAUUAAUUUUGUAGACGCUACAAAAAUGUCUGCAAAAGUAAAUAUAUAUUUCCAGACGCCUUAAAAGCAUCCACAAUUAAGUUUUUCCUUACACGGACGAGUCUUUCACUUAGGCUCAUUUUAUGACCAUUCAUUAGUUAAUAGGCUCAUUCAUUAGAGAGCUAAAUUUUUUGAAACAAGUUCUCUGAAGCAAAAAAAAACCCUACAUCGUCAUUGUUGCCACUGCCUUUGCAUCUCCAUUACUGUCACCACUGGUUCUUCAUCGCCAUUGUCGUUGCCUCCACUGUCAUCGUUGGAAUAUCGUUGUUGGUGCUACCUCUCCGUUGACGUCUCCAUUUUUGCUGCUUCUCUUCUCUAUAAAUUUCUCUCUCUAUCUCUCUGUCACCUUAUCUCCAUUUUUUUUUUGUUCCCCUAUAUCUUAGGGUUUUGCGAUUGGAAUCACUAACUUUCCUCCUUUAUUCAGCCAAGAACACCAAAGAAUCAAGGGAUUUGUCUUUAAGAUUUGCUCACCAUUUUCCAAGAUUCAAGAUUAAUUGCAGACAAGCAGAGGUUGAACCUGAGAGAAUACGAGUUGGUGUCACUAUUGAGGCACAUAGCAUUUUGUAUGCAUUGUCUGAAACGUUCAUAUUACACAAGGAGAUCAUGUGGGCGAGGGUGUGAUUGUCUCUUGGGUAACUCCAAAUGAACCUGGCUCAAGUACACUACUUUACUGGUCAGAAAAGAGCCACCUGAAGUACAGUGCCCAGGGCGUUUUUAUUACUUACAGCUACUUCAACUACACUUCUGGUUACCUCCAUCACUGCACCAUUGACGAUUUGGAGUUUGACACCAAUUUUUAUUAAGUUGGAAUUGGUAAUACCACAAGGAAAUUUUGGUUUAUUACUCUUCCAAGUCUUGGUCCGGAUGUUCCCUACAUUUUUGACAUUAUUGGUAACCAUACUUAUAUCAUAUAUUUGAUUUCAAUUUGUAAUAAGGUUUCAUUUAAUGUUUUUAUUAUUAUUCUUUCUACAAUUAUCACUCUAUAUUGAGCAUUAUUUAUUUUAAAAUUACGUAUGAUAUUUGAAAAAAAACCAUAAUUAUAACUAAAACUUAAAAUAAAAUUAAUUAUACGUGGCUUGACACGUAACUUCUGCCUAGUAUAUAUAUAUGUAUAUGUAUUUUUUUUUUUUUUUUUUUGAGAAAAUAGCUUUAGAAAACACCAUCGAAGUGCAAACUGCAAAGAGCAACUAAGGAGUUGAGAGCUGAAGAUAAUAAAUAAGAUUUCACAAAUACAAUUUGGAUAAUCAGACUACCACAGUAUUUGCAGUAAAUGUGAAGCAAAUUUGGCAAGAGUAUAUUAACUACUAAAUUAGUAGUUCUGGGCAAAAAAAAAAAAAAAAAAAAAAACUCACAGCAUCAAAAUGUUUACAUAACUGUCUAAUAUUAUCAAAAAUUAAAUCCAAAGGGAGAAUCUAACGCUAUAGACAUAUUAAGGUUUUGUAUUUGUUUGCAAAAAUUUGUACAAGCACAAGUUUUUAUGUUGUUUUUGUUACAAGAUUGUUGAUUUUUAUGGAGCAACGCCUCAUUCGCUGUCCUAAAUAUAUAUUAUAUAUUUUGUAAGGUGCUGUCCUAAAAAUAUAUAAAAACAAAUUAAUUCUGGUUUCAAUUUUUUUUUUUUUUUUUGAGAAAAGUUCAAUUUUCUUCUUAAUCGUAAUGGAUAAUUAACAUUAAUCACAACAAAGUAUGAUACAUCCCUCCACGUAUUUCCCUUUCCCGUACGUGCUCCCAACUAACAUUUGCCAUAAUUCUUUAUUUUUCCUAACUCAACCAUUUCUGUGCGUACAAAUUCCUGGAAAACCCCACAUUUUCAGUUUCUCUCCAACUUUCCCUCCCUCCAAACAGAUCACCCAAAAUAAUAAUAAUAAUAAUAAUAAUAAUUAUUCCCAUGUUCAUCACUAGUAGCAUCACCACCCUUGCUACUACUCCGCCAUUAAUGUAUUCACCAUAAACACCCCAAGCUCACGACAAUGGAGCUUUACUUCGAAGCAAGAAAGGCCACAUGGAGAAAACAUCCCAAAUCAAAAUUACCCCCACCAACUUAUUCCUUUUCCAUUUUCCUCAUUAUUUUCCUUUUCCACUUCCCAAACACAACUUCUUCUUCGUCCACGUUCUCACCACCUGAUAAUUAUCUCAUCGACUGUGGCUCGUCGGAGCAAACUCGGCUCUCCGACGGCCGGAAUUUUAAGUCCGAGAGGGAUGCUGCUUCUCUCUUAUCUGCCGAAGAUGAAGUCCAGGCUUCGGUUGAGUUUUCCGCCAUAGCCAACUCAGCCAAAGCUGCUGCUUCUUUAUUUUCUUCUUCCUCCAUUAAUGGUAGCAUUGUACCUCCUUCGUCUCUGCCUUUAUAUGCAACUGUUCGUAUCUUCUCUCAUGAAUCUACCUACAGCUUCCACAUCUCCCAACCUGGUCCUCACUGGAUCCGCCUCUACUUCUACCCUGUUCCCGACCCGACUCAUAACCUAACCGCUGCCAUUUUCAAAGUCUCCGCCGGCAACUACGUACUACUCGAGAAUUUUUCGGCGAUGACCUUUGCUUUCCGGGAGUUUCUUGUCAACAUUACCGGAGACAGAUUCUCCCUCGUCUUCAAGCCCAAGAAGAAGACGGUCGCCUUCGUCAACGCCAUAGAGUUAGUCUCUGCUCCAAACACUCUUAUUUCGGACUCUGUGCCUGCCGUUUAUCCACCUGGGCAGAGCGUCACCGGCGCAUGGGGUCACGCGCUCCGUGUUUCUUACCGUUUGAACGUUGGAGGGCCUACGUUGGUCUCGGAAAACGACACCCUUUACCGGGUUUGGGAAACGGAUGCAACUUUCAAUAAGUUCAAAGAGGGGUCGAGGAACGUUUCAGUUCCUCCCGAAACUGUGGAGUACCAGAAAAGUAAAGGCCUGACUCCAUUGAUUGCUCCAAGCUUGGUUUAUGCCUCGGCUCAAGAAAUGCAAGACCCACUUACCAUGGAACCAAAUUUCAACCUCAGCUGGAUUUUUAAUGUCGAUCAGGGAUAUUCUUACUUGAUCAGACUCCAUUUUUGCGAUAUUGUGAGCGCAGCUCUUAAUACUCUGUUUUUCAAUGUUUACAUCAAUGAGAUUAUGGCCAUGGAAAGUGUUGACCUUUCCACCCUUACAGGAGCUCUGUCAACAGCUUAUUACAAAGAUUUUGUUCUCCAUUCGAUGAACAUUACUAAUAACAAGAUUAUGGUUCAAGUGGGGUGUAAUUCGAAUUUUCAUUCCGGGAUUAGAGAUGCUAUUCUUAAUGGGCUAGAGAUUAUGAAGAUGAGCAAUUCUGCUAAUAGCUUGGAUGGUUUGUUUACAGUUAGUGGGAAGUACAAAGGGCCUUCAGGACAAAAGGCCAUGAAAAUCUUUGCCGCGGCAGGGUUGGCAAUGUCACUGACAGCUAUGGUAUUGUUAUGCGUGGCUUGCGUCAGCUGGAAGAAAAAGCCUAAAGGUUGGGAGAAACGAAAGAGCUUUUCGUCAUGGCUUUUACCUCUCCAAUCCAGUUACUCCAGAAGUAGUACUAACCGAUCCACGUUGAGCCUAUUCGGCUCUCGCCGGAGCAAAAGUGGCUACUCAAGCUACAUAUCUCCGUCUACAGUAUUAUUCGGGAGAGUUUUUAGUCUUGCCGAGUUACAAGUGGCAACGCAGAGUUUCACCGAAAAGGCAGUGAUCGGAGUUGGAGGGUUUGGAAAAGUCUACCUCGGAGUGUUAGAAGACGGCACAAAGCUCGCCGUGAAGCGAGGCAACCCGAGUUCAGAGCAAGGAAUUAACGAGUUCCGAACCGAAAUCGAGAUGCUUUCCAAGCUCCGCCAUCGCCACCUCGUUUCCUUAAUUGGGUUUUGCGACGAACAAUCAGAGAUGAUCCUCGUCUACGAAUACAUGUCCAAUGGCCCAUUUCGGGACCACUUGUACGGCUCAAAUUUAUCAAAAUUAUCAUGGAAACAACGGUUAGAAAUUUGCAUAGGAGCCGCCAGGGGUCUUCACUACCUCCACACCGGAGCAGCUCAAGGCAUAAUUCACCGCGACGUUAAGACGACGAACAUCCUUCUCGAUGAGAAUUUCGUUGCUAAAGUUGCUGAUUUCGGGCUUUCUAAGACGGCUCCGUCUCUGGAUCAAACCCAUGUGAGCACCGCCGUGAAGGGCAGCUUCGGAUAUCUCGAUCCGGAGUACUUUCGGCGACAACAGUUGACAGAGAAAUCAGAUGUUUACUCAUUUGGGGUUGUCUUAUUUGAAGCCUUAUGCGCUAGACCAGUUAUAGACCCGAAAUUGCCGAGGGAGCAAGUGAGUUUAGCCGAGUGGGCAAUGCAUUGGCAUAGAAAAGGCUCCAUUGAAACGAUAAUUGACCCUUUCAUCUCCGAACAGAUCAGCAGCGAGUCCCUUAAGAAGUUCGUGGAGGCGGCCGAGAAGUGCAUGGCGGAGUACGGUGUGGAUCGGCCUUCAAUGGGAGAUGUGUUGUGGAAUUUGGAGUAUUCAUUGCAACUUCAUGAGGCUGCGGUUGUUGAAGACGUUGAUAAUAUUAAGGGUCAGAGCCUUAUUUCUAUGGAGAAGAAAUUGAAUGGUAAUGAACAAGGUAACAAAACGAUUAGUGUGGUUGAUGAUGUUGAAGAUGUUAGUGAAGAUCAUUCUAGUAUAACAGUUGAUGGCUCUGGUGAUCAUAUUCCUAUGUUUUCUCAAAUGGGUAAUUUUCAGGGGAGGUGAUUAUGUACUCUUAUUUUAUUUUAACUUCUCUCUGUCUUUUCCUCUUUUUUUCUUCAUUGAUCAUCUAUUUUGGUUUUAUUUGGUCUGUUUUUGUGAUUUCAGUUGCUUGAUUAUUCAUAAAUUAAAGGAUUCUUUUUUCUUUUU